AUGUCGGAUCUGCGGAGACGAGCCCAAAAGACCCGCGUGAUGGAUACCAGCGACUCAUCAAGCCAGGCAUCCGAGGACAACAGCCCGCCAGCCAAGAUCGAUCCCAAGGCCAACAGAUUCCGUGAACACUACGCAGCCAUGAAUCCCGAUCGACCUAGCGCGGAAACGAACGGCAGGUAUGGCAUGUUCUCUCAGGUCGACCCACGUCUUCCACCGCCUGCGACUCCGAGCAAGACGGUCGCGAAGCGCAAGAGAGCGACCAUGGAUAAGACGGGUAGUAACAAGAAGUCAGGAAUGAAAGAUAUGUCGGGAGAGCGAGAGCAGAGUCCAUUGUUCGAGCCGGAGUCUGAUGGACAGCAAGAUGCAGACACUGUUAUGCUGAGUCCGCCUUCGACGCCAUCAGCCAACGUGCGCCUACCAAGCCGUAAAAAGGGAAAAAGUACAGCCACCCCCCUCUCUACCGUCUUCGCUCUCGGUCGCCGUAGGCACAGGCCCAUCGUCAUCGAAAGCGGAUCUUCAGGCUCUGACUCUGACUCUGACUCUGACUCCGACACAAACUCUAACAUCGUCGUAGCUACAGAAGACAACCUCACGAUCAAGGCCACCAAAGACCUCAUCGCUACCUCUGCCAUGCCUGGAGAUGUCUCAGUCGUCGAUGAGUACAUCAGCAUUCUCAAGGACAUUGUUACUCACUCUUCCGAGACCGCUAAGCAUUCUCAGGUUAUCGAAACACUCGCCGAAGAAGAAGCCACCAUAUCUCUCGCCCUAGACGGACUUGCUGACGAAGAGGAACAGGAGUAUGCCGACAUUGCGCAAGCAUGCGCUCUGUGCAUAAAGGAUGACAUGGCAGAGCCCGACAUAGCCGCUGACUUUAUCGCUAUUCAGGCCUCAAUUGAGAAGCGAAACAAAGAAGCGGAGGUGGCUCGUCAAGCUGUACCUGAGAUCAUGGCGAAAAGGAAGGAAGAGCUAGAAGCGCAGAAGUUUCAAGCACGCUACAAGAGGGAGGCUUUAGAAGAGGAGAGGACAGACUCCGAUUGGGAGAAGUUGCAAGAGAAGAAGUCGGAGUUGGAGAAUCGGGGUGGCAUGGCCAUGGGGUUUGAGCUGGGCAAAAGGUUGGCGAAGUAA